GACAUAAACAAAUAACUUAAUCAAACACGCGUGAUCCACAAAACUUAAAAAAAACUAGUUAUGUUCGACUAGUUCCAGUUUCUGUGCAAUCGUUUGGAAAGUCAUUAAAUACUCAAAUAUUUUGAACGGCGUCAUUGGCAUCGUUGUUGCUGCACAAUGUUUGGUGGGCAAACAGCACGCUUGUCAAUAUUAGCUGAAGCCGUGUCAACUCGGAAUGGGGACAAUAUCGCAAUUAAACCAGUUUUGAAAUUAUUUUAACGAUUUUUUAUGAUUUGAUGAGUAGGCCAUAGUAUUUUAGUCAUGUUCCUUUUCAACAUUUUGCCGUUUUUAUUUAUUCACGUGCUAAAAAAGGCUUAAAAUAAAUUGAGUGUUUGUCAAUAAGGUGUUGUUGUAUGAACAAGAUAAAAAAAUGUUUAUACAAUUAGAACAAGUUCAAUUUACCAUAAUAAUUCAAAACACUAACAAAUAUACGUAGUAGUUCGGUCGGUUGCGCAAGCGCACCUCGCCGCAGAGGAUGCAGGCUGCGCUCGAUAGCGAUCUAUAAAUUAGCGUAUCAUAGUGCGGUAUCCGCGCCUCGCUAUCUCUGACGUGUGCUUCCUACACAUUGUUUAACAUCAUAAUUACUCAUCGAUGUUAUUGUAUUAAAUUACUCUUUGACAAUUAAUACUAACCAACGUAGAUCAAGAUGGCUGCGCUCCUCAAACGCGACAGCUCGGGGCAAACGGUUCACGUUCCAGUCAACCGUGAGGCAGCUGGAGAGACGUCGCCUGGCUGAGAAGCUGUCCAAGGAGGCUGACCUUAAGGAGCAGCAGCGGAGGACCGAGCUGGAGGCCAUGAGGAGAGUUGAGGAAGAGUUCCAGCGCAAGCGCGCGAGAGAGAAGGCCAACAUCAGGCAGCAGCUGCGGCUGGUCAGCAGUGGAGCCGCCAGCAUGCCCUCACCCACACAACACAACAAGACACGCGAUGAACCGGACGGGUCGUGCCGCGAGUCGCCGGCGCCAGAGCGCAUGCGCGACGGCCGCCAGAGACACAGCAACGCUUCCUCUGAGAUCAGCGGAAGGAGCAAGAGUUCUACACCGGUCCGUAGCGUGGAGCUGUCGGAGUGGCGGCUGGCCAGCAGCGGCGCGCGCGUGUACCGCGACUGGGCGCCGGCGCACGCGCACCCGCCCGCCUGCGCGCGCAUGCCCAUCGCCACGCACCAUCACAACGGCAGCGGCGAGGCGGAGGCUUUCUCAGGCAGCCCCCGCUCCGACAACUACCGGCUGGAGUUCGCGCGCGGGCGCAGCGCGGGCUCGCCGCGCGCCGACACGCAGUCCCCGCGCACGCCGCGCGCGCCGCGCCUGCUGCCCGCCGCCAGGGAGCCCUCCUCCUCCGGGUCCGAACUGUCGCUGCGACAACCCAUCAAGAUCAGCGAACCUACGAUAGAAGAACCGGAAUCGGAAGAACCCGCCAUAGUGCCUACACUGCGUCCGGCAGGACCCGCACGAACCGCACUACUCACUCACUGAGUCACUCACACUCACUACGUCUACACUCAUUAGUCAACAACACUCACAGCCACAUGUACUUGUUGAGUCACUGAGACUGAGACGUUGGUCUCCCUGAGUUACUGACACACUUCAGAGAUUUUUUGACCAAGUCUUCAUCUUUUAAAACACAUUUUUACGUUACUUUAGUCAUAAGCAUUACAUUGUAUAUGAAUUGUAAUCUAUGUACACUUCUAUUUAUUUUAACUUGAUGUUUUAUUAAGAGUUUGUUACCUGUUUAAAUGUAUUAUUGGUUUUGUUAAUGUAUUAAAUACUCUGUGGAUCAGAACUGCUGUUCUUAAAAUGGUCGUUGUAUGUGCCAAUCGAAAAAAAUAUAAUACUUUAAGAACUUUAAAGGUUAAGAUCUAACACACAACAUAUUAUAGCUGAAAGUUUUUACAUUCCAUAUAACCUAAAAUAAAAUAAAAUAAAAGUAAUGAAUGAAACUAAAAGAAAUAUCAAAUUAAAGCUCUUCAUAAAUGAGUUUGGAACUUAUUAUAGCCGAAAGGCGGGUAAAUGGCCGGUGUUCAUGGGAAGCCACCGGAAUGGGAGUGUUGCCAGCAAUCUGUGUGUAAUCACGUCACGCGAACUGCCGCCGUAAGAUAUUCGGGUCGGCGACCAUGUAUUAUGGCGCUAUUUUUAUUUACCCUUUACAUUUCCCUCUGUCUUGACCUGGCUAGCUAGGUCAGUCCGUGAACAGUGUAAGACUGUUACUUCAUACCCACUUAAAUUCCUAUUUUUUUUCUGUUCAGACAUUUAUUCUUUUUUCUUCUUCACCUACUUACUCUUCUAUAACUUUCCAUAUCAGACAGAAACACACAUUAUUGCCUAUACCACCCUAAUUGACAAAAAUGACUUCCUUUGAAUAAACGGCCGUUUCAAACAUGUUAAAGGUUAAGAAAGCAAUGAAUACGAGUGCUAAUAAUUUUAAUCUUAAUAACAGACAAUUUGUUUUGGUGUUUAAAUAAAUGUGGACAAGCAAAUACUUGAAUGACUCACAACACUUUUGCCUUUGCUUAAACACCAGACUAAGUUGGCUAUAAGGAAAAAUAUUACUGUGAAGUAUCGACUCCGAGGAGUGCUUUAAUUCGCAUCUUUCAAACCUAGUAAUAGUUAGCAUAACUGUAUUCAAAAACCCUCUUUUUAGUAAAAGAAAAUUCAAGAUUACCUUUGUUGUUUAAAACAACAAAUAAAAUAAUCGUCCAAAAAUAAAAAAAAGCUCACAUUAUUUCGUAAACAACCGUUUGGAAAUUAUGCAAAAUUACAUUUGUCUCAUUGUUAUUACUACUUAAGAAUAUAGCUAUAGUUCCCGUAGUAUGGUCUUCCAUUAUAAGCUAAAUACUGAAGCUUUAACAUAGACUUAACUGUAGAUUAUGUAGUGGUGCUAUUUAACGUCAAUUUGUUAAAAAUAAUGUUAUUUUCUACAAUUUGGCGCUACGUAACUGUCAGGUGCUAAAUUGUUAUAAUAACUAUGUAUCUAUGUAGCAUAAAAUAUUUUGAUCAAACGAAAAAAAGGUCAUCGUAAGUUGUUCCAUUUUUUUUGGUAAAAUUAGGACGCUCAUCAAGUAUCCAUUUACUAGUUCGACAGCUGUUAUUCAGUCACUUUAAAGCUAGAAAUAAAAACUAAUUUCUAGCAUGUCAUCCAUUCCAACAUCUUCAUUGUGUCUGUUAAUAGACACUUCCUUCGUGAAACCCUUUGCAAGUAACAUUGGGAACGAUCAAUCAUUCCCACCGUUUCAUAUAGUUUGGGUAGAACCGAAUAGGCGCGGCGUGACCGGGUUAGCCGCGACUGGCCAACUAAUGAAUGGAUUCUGAUCGAUUGUCGCAACCUACAACUUUUAUGACGUGAGAAAUAAUAUUGGGCGAACAUCAAUAAAAGCUUUUUUUAAAAGCCUGACCGAAGGAUUGUUAUCAAGGUUAUAAAAACUUUUGAUAGUUUUUUUUUUGUCAAUUUCGUCGGAUUCAUUGUUUUAUCAAAUGCUACUAGAUACAUUGAAUUAACUCUUAUGUAUGUAGAAGAUAAGUAACCCAUAUACGUAUCUACUUAAAUAAAAUGUAAUCUAUUAGCAUCUUAUUUAUCAUACAAACCAAUAUACGUAAAUAUAAAAUUGUAAUAAUGUAAUAAGAUUAAAAUCAAAUAUUAUUUUUUAUUACGCAAGAAGUAUUUUAUAUUUAGGAAUUAAAUAAUAUAAAACGGCUCAAUUGUAUAUAACGUGUUGGAUAAGCGAUUCUAAUGCAUAUUAAUCUUGUAUAAUCUUUUUUCAAAGGUAAUUUAGGAUUGGCAACAUUUAUUGGAAUAUUUUAGGACAGUACAAGAUGUUAAAAUGGCUGCAUUAUUUAUUGAGCUAGCCAAUGACAAAAAAUGUCUGACUACAGAUUCCAAUACUUGUAGCGCCAUAGAAUAAAUCUUGUAACAUAAAUCUAUAGCGUAUGUAACUUCUGUAUAUAACAUUAAAUAAUGUGCGGAGCAUGUAUAUAAAGUAGAAUGUAAACGUUUACUCUACAAAUAAUAAAGAUUUGUAUAACAAUUUA